AUGACAAGACUUGAUGUGUUUUCAUUGCAGAUUGUAACAAAUUAUUUGGUCAAUUCAAUUGACUUCAUUAACGUUGUUUGUGUAUGUAAAAAGUACGAGUACGUGCUUGAGAGAAUCAGAAUCAACCCAAUACAAAUAACACCACAAAACACGCACUUAUUUCCUAAUAUUCAGACACAAAAUUUGUUUUCUCCAUUUGACAUUCAACUCACAAACACGGCAAUUGAACGACUCCAAUUUUCUUAUCCUGUUACGUACAACAAAUUUAUAGAAGAAAAGAAACACUUUAAUGUUUGUCGGUUUGUGAAAUACACAAAAGAAGACAGACUAAAGUAUGGCAACACAAUUCCUCAAAAUGUGUAUUGUAUUGACAACAACUGUUUCAAGAAUUGCAAGGAACACGUGGUAGAAAUUCCAUUUGGUGUCCAAGUAAUAUUAAAUGACGCUUUUAAAUGUGCGCACAUACAAGAAAUUGCCAUACCAGACUCGGUGACAUUUCUUGGUGAUUGUAUGUUUAAUGGAUGCACCAAUUUAACACGUGUGACACUUCCCUCUUCACUUAAAUACAUCCCCUCACAGACUUUUAAAAAAUGUGUGUCGCUCAAAGAAGUUGAAAUCCCGUCAUCUGUCACUGCAAUUGGAUAUGACUGUUUUGGUGAUGACUGUGGAAUACUCUCCAUCGUUGUUACACCAAACAUUUGUGUUUCACUCAAUGCUUUUGAAAGCUCAGAUUUGAAUCAUAUUGAAUUUAUUGGGCAAGUGUAUAUAGCUGAUUAUGUGUGCAGAUAUUGUUUGGUAUUGGGAGUCACUCGUUUUAUCAAUGUGAACAACUUGAAUACAUUGAUGUCCCAUCAUCACUUCAAAUCAUCAACACAUCGGCAUUUGAAAAUGCACUUCCUUACGCAAAUUUGUGAUUCCACGAGGACUUCUGUAUAUGAACUGCAUUUUCCAGAAAACACGAAAUUUAGUGGUGUUGAUGUGUUUACCAAUUGCAUUAAAUUAAGUGGACUGACACUCCCAAAUUUCAAUGGGAAAUUGACAUUCGCAAUUAGUAAAUACGAAGAGGAAAUUGUCAAUAAAUUUGGGUAUACUGCACUUGAUGUUGUGAUUAAUAUUGAUUAUGAAAAUCAACAAAAUUACAACAACGACGAGGACAGAAUUGCAGACGAGAAGUUACAUGAAGUGAAAGACAUGUUAAACUGUAAUGAAGUUGUGUUAGACAAAAUAGAACAACGUAAAGUGUUUGACUUUCGUGAAGCUGAAAGUGUUGGCGGACAACGUUUUUAUUAUAAUAAAUAUCUACAAAGGGUGUACUUCCCAUCGACAAUUGUGUACUUUAAUUUAGAAAACAUCAAUAAUAGUACAGAUAAUCCCGUUGAAAUAUCAGAGAAUUGUUGCAUCAACAUGAACAAAGAGUUUUCAUAUGACAUGACUUCUAAUUUUGUGUUUCCAACAUCCAUCACCAAAAUUGGUGUACACAACAUUUGGUACGGACUUCUUCCAAAAAAGUAUGAAGUACCAAGUACUGUUGUUGCAAUUGGUAAGAACGCGUUCAAUGGGUGCCGUUAUCUUGAAGAACUUGUCAUACCAAAAAGUGUCACGAAAAUUGGGAAUGGGUUUGUGAGUGGGUGUAGCGUGCUAACAAGUCUUGUGUGCGAAAAUGGCACUUCCUUUGAUUUAAAGAAAAUCACAGAAAGUGAUACAAAUACACUUCACGAGUUAACCAGAGACACUACACUGACUAAAUUGGUGAUUCCAAAUGGAGUCACUUAUGUGUAUAAUUGUGUAUCAGGACUUGCUGAUUUAAAGGAACUUUCAUUGCCUUCAACACUGAAAAAAGCAGACAAAUACUUGUUUUCCAACAACAAAAAACUGACAAAAAUUGAGUUGAAUGGAGUAGACAGUGACAUUUUUGUGGUCAGCUACGAGUGCCAUUUAAGACUCAAAGCACUUGGGUUUCUAUUUAACAACAUUAAAAUGACAGAAAAAGAUAUUAAAACGUUUGGGUAUAUAUGGGACUCACGCUUGUGUUGGCAAGACGACAGGUUGGUUGAGCUUGAAAUGGAGAAUUUGCGUUUUAUAAACUCGGUUGAUCUAUCUAACGAUAAUUUAAAAUACUUGGAAUCGUCACCAUCAAUAGGACUGGGGAUGUGUUACCAUGGGUCUCAUGUGAACAUUAGUGACAAUGUUAAGUUACACAAAAAUUUGUUCAAAAAUUGGGUGAAUUUCACAAGUGUCGUGCUGCCAACCAAUACAAUCAAAAUCCCAUCUAAUUGUUUUGAAAAUUGUUUCAGUCUAAAAACAAUAAAACUUCCCAAAAGUGUCACAAAAUUGUCUGAAUUUAGUUUCUAUGGAUGUGUAUCGUUGACAUCUAUAUUGUGUAACACAAAUGUCAUUCUUGGAAGAAAGUGUUUUAGUAUGUGUGAUAAUCUUGUUAGUAUCCCACAGACAAAAUACAUUUGCAAUUCGGUCUUUGAAAGAUGUUCUUCAUUGUCAAAAAUUAUACUUUUUGAUGGACUUGCAAAUAUUCCACAUUGCGCGUUCUUUAGGUGUUAUAAAUUGAGUGAAAUAAGUGUACCAAACUCAGUUACACACAUUAGCAAAUUUGCAUUCAAAAAUUGCAUUUCAUUGACAUCAUUUAACUCUGAAAGUGUGUUACUUGUAGAAGAUGGGUGCUUUAUGAACUGCGCAAAACUAAACACUGUUUGCUUCAAUCAGAAAAAAGUCCAAAUUAAAUUUGACGUGUUUUCUGGUUGUACUUCCCUUCAAGAAAUACGAAUUGGUAAUGCACCAAUCACGUGCUGUGAAUUUGAAGUAAGUUUUACAACAAGUAAAUACUUCUACGAGAAAAUUGGUGUUGUGUGUAAUAAUGUUGUUUUAACACGACGAGACGUCCACGCAUUUGGGCCAUCAAUACUUAACGAAAAGUGUAUACAACGUGUGGAUGAAGGCUGUUUCUUCAAUAACAGAAGUUCUACAAAAUUGGUUUUUCCUUCUCACAUUAAGUCUGUUGGAUAUUACAGUUGCUUCAGCUGUGCCAACUUAAAAGAAGUUGUUCUUCCUGAAGGAAUCACAGAAAUUCCAGCACAUAUGUUUGACUUGUGCACAUCACUAAGUUCUAUUGCCAUACCAACCACUGUAACUAAGUUUGGCACCAACUGCUUUUUCUGUUGUGACUUACUUCGUGAUAACUCGAUGAUACCAAAAGAAGCUUUUAAUAUCGGAAGUGCCAAUAAUUCGGACUCUGACGAUUUAGAAUCCGAUUCUGAGAGCGAUUCAAACUCAAAUUACUCAAAUUAA